GCGGUGGCGGCGGCGGCUGCGGCGGCGGCGGCGGCGGCGGCGGCUGAGGCUGCUGCGGCGACGGUGGCAGAGGCGGUGGCUGAGGCCUCCGUGGCGGAGGUGGAAGCAGAGGUGGAGGCUGAAGUGGAGGCCGAGACCUCAGUAGAGGAGGCAGCCGCAGAGGCCAUCCUGGGGGAGGAAGAGGCCUCCCUGGCGGGGGAGGAGGUGGAGGCCGCCCAGGCGGCAGCAGUGGUGGCAGUGGCGGAGCCCAGCGCGGCCCAAGCCACCACCGCAGCGGAGGCUGUGGCGCCCCCCUUGGGGGAGGCGAUAUUAGAUGCCGAUGAAGAGGUGGCGGCCGCGGUGGCUGCGGCCCUGGCGGCAGCGGCCGCAGCCGCAGCCGCAGCUGAUGCAGAUGCGGAUGCAGAGACGCGCGGGGGCUGCGAGGGGAACCCAGACUUUCCCAUGGCUUCACUGUACGUGGGCGACCUGCACCCCGAGGUGACCGAGGCCAUGCUGUAUGAGAAGUUCAGCCCAGCCGGGCCCAUUCUCUCCAUACGCAUUUGUAGAGACAAGAUCACCCGCCGAUCAUUAGGCUAUGCGUAUGUCAACUACCAGCAACCGGUGGAUGCCAAGCGAGCCCUGGAGACUCUGAACUUUGAUGUCAUAAAGGGCAGGCCAGUGCGCAUCAUGUGGUCCCAGAGGGACCCCUCACUCCGCAAAAGCGGAGUGGGGAACGUCUUCAUCAAGAACCUGGGCAAGACCAUUGACAACAAGGCGCUGUACAACAUCUUCUCGGCGUUCGGCAACAUCCUCUCCUGCAAAGUGGCCUGCGAUGAAAAGGGGCCCAAGGGCUACGGGUUCGUGCACUUCCAGAAGCAGGAGUCUGCGGAGCGGGCCAUCGAUGCGAUGAAUGGCAUGUUCCUCAACUACCGCAAAAUUUUCGUCGGGAGAUUCAAGUCGCAUAAAGAACGAGAGGCGGAAAGGGGAGCCUGGGCCAAACAGUCGACCAGUGCUGAUGUCAAGGAUUUCGAGGAAGACACCGAUGAGGAGGCCACCUUUCGAUGAAGACAUCCCAGGAGCUAGCCAGCCAGCAGAGCCAAACCUUGGCUCCCGCCCGGUUUACAACCAUCCCCUCCCCACCAACCCACCAGCAGUGUAUUGUAUUGGGAGUGUAGGUCUCUCUAUUCCCACUCCCUCCUCCCUCUUCUUCCCUCCUCUUCUCCCUCUCCUCUUCCCCUCUUCUUUUCCUUCUCUCCCUCUACCCACCCACCACCUCCCUCCCACCAUCCACCCCAGUCCCCUCACCAAGGGCAUUGGGAAUAGUCUUAAUAAUCUGCACCAUUUGUGAGUUAAAACUGCUGCUUCUCCCUGUGGUUUGACUUAAAAAGCAUUUUCGUUCUUUGUUUGUUUACCACACAGGUGAUACAUAUUUCCUGGUAGAAACAUCAGAAAGGAGCUUGAAUUUGAUUUGGGAAAACCAAGAGAAUACUUGAUUACCAUAAUCCUACUACCCAGAGAGAAUUCUUUUACCCUAUUGGUGUGCUGCUUUUCCAGGCUCUCUACUCUCCCUCUCUUGCGCUCCCUUUCUCACCCCCACCCCACCUUCCCUUUUAACACACUGUUAUAGAAUGGUUCAUGUAUGUGGUGUUUCUUAGCCUGCUUUUUCAGCAACUAAAGCCAAACGAAAAUCAACCCAUUGAACUUCUUUCCAUGUUAUUCAACAGGCUUAUGAAACGUCAUCUUCAGUGCCUGCAGAGUGCUCCAGCUUAUCCAUGGACCUUAAUGUUUCUGUAACCUAUCCUGCAUUGUUUGGACAUUCAGGUGGUGCCUGGUUCUUUCCCUGUGUUUAAAACCAACACUGUGUGUGCUCUGAUGAGUGAGUCCUUCCUUGUCAAGCCAAAUCUUUGCUAGUAUCCCAAUGGUUCUUAACCGUGGACUUGCAGGAUCCACAUAUAGACAUUUUAAAGACUUUUACAGUGUGUUGCCAAAAGGACUCCUUCAUAAAGAUUGUACUGUUUUGCCCUCAGUUUGCACUUUUGCCAGUCAGCGCAGCUAGUGAAAAGAGUAUGCCUAUUUUCCAUGUGCAGUCUCCUGGUUACUAUACCUGGUGCGUGGUCAUGCGUGCAUGUGCGUGUGUAUGUGUGUCGUCAACAGCUUCAAGAACUGCAUAUGGUAUUUCACUGUGCUUAGUUGUUUUGCUGGUAUUAAGCACUGUUCAUAGCCCCCUUUCCCUGUGCCCAUUUCCUGUCUUUUUCCCUGUUGUCAGGAAAAUAUUUCAGCCUCAUUGCAGAAAUAAGUUAACAGAAAAAAAUUAAUGUCACCAGUAAUCAAUCCUAAUGAUUAUCCAUACUUUCCUGAAGCAUUUUCAUCCAUACCACCCAGUAUUUUUCAUGUGAUAUAUAUGUGAAAUUAAAUAAUAUAUUGUUUCAAUAUUUGCUUUUUCACACAUAAAUAUAUAUGAUAGUCAUAUAUGUAUAGAGAUUCUUGAAUUUCCUUUCAUGUCAUUAAAUAUUCUUCUACAAUAAUUUCCUCGUCUGUUUAGUAUUCAACCAUAUGAAUGAGCUUUAUAGAACGUAUACACAUUUAUAUAUGUAAUAUGUGUAUAUAUGUAUUUGUCUUUGUAUUUAAAUGUAGAUAUAGGAAUAUAUUUACUACUUCUUCAUUGUUGAGCAUCUGCAACAUCUGGGUUUUUUCAGUUUUAUUCCUUAUCCAAACCAAAGCAUCCAUGAAUAUCAUAGUGCACAAAUCUUGCUUACAUUCAUGAUUAUGUUUUGAGCAAACAUUUUUAAAUGUAGAAUUGAAGAGUCAAAGGAUGUGAGAUGUAGUAGAAUUUAACAGUCAAAGGAUAUGAGAGGUUUAAAGUCUUUUGUUCAUUGGUUCAUUAGUAGGUGAUCAUCCGUGAAGAUAGUACCAGUUUACCCUUAUACAGUACAGAAAUACUGUGAGUGGACCUGGGCACCUAGACACUUUUCUUGAUCUGACAUUAUAAUAAUUUCUACAUUCUUCUAAUAUUUUAUUGACAUAAUUAGAGAUUUUUUUGUUUUUAUUUUUUAGUUUAAUAAUUAUCUUUAUACAAAAAUACUUUAUCAUAAUAAGACAUUUAAAAAUAUUGAUAAGGAAGUCAAAAUCACUCCCUUAAUAACAACAAGAAAAUCCUUUGAAUCAUGUCAAGCAUAUACAUAAAUAACUCUUCCAAAAAUGUACAAAGGCACUCUCAACUCUUCCACUUAAUAGAAAAAAUACCUUGAAACAUUUUAAGCAUAUAAAUAAAUAACUCUUCCAAACAUGUAAUGGAAAAUGUAUUUUUCAUUGUGGGAUAUUUUUAUCAUAACAGUGUCAUCACUUUUAGAAAUUAUUAAAUAUUCUCCCGUAAUUUUUAUUUUACUUUUGUUUUAUAGAUUAACUGCAACUUCUAAAACCCAACCCCUUUAUGUAUUUUGAAAUGGCUCUGAAUUUUCUUCAGAUUAUCUCCGUGGGGAACACAUUUGUAGAGGAAUGUUCACUGACAUCGAGGAAUAUUUAAUAGCCUUAUAUACUUUGUCAUCUACUGCCAAAUGCUCCUUCCUUAAAGUUUAUUCCCACCAACAGUGUAUGGGAGUGCAUAUUUCCUUAGUUGUAUUAAGUUAGGAUUUUUUAAGUUAUAAGAAAUUGGUUAGGCUUACAGGGAUUUUAAUUAUUUCAUUUUACAAGUCCAUUGUUUGAAAAAUACAUAUUAUAUCUACACAACAACCAUA